AUGCAAUUAGACAACACCAGGCGCACAAUGGAGAAGAACGUCGAGCUGAUCACAAAGAACAUCUCGACAGCCGAGGAGCUUGAAGACCAAACGCGCGAGAUGACGAUCAACGCACAAAAGUUUCAGAAGCAGUCAGUUGUCUUAAAGAAGAAAUAUUGGUGGAAGAAUGCGAAGCUGUGGGUGAUGAUAGUGAUCUGUUUGAUUGUUGUGCUCUGCCUUGUUGGGGGAGUUGUCGCAUUGCUGGUGUAUUAUUUAAAAUGA